AGGAGACCACCUCUAUAAAUAAUGGAAUUCGUUGACCCAGUGGUAGCACAAGAGGAAGUACCCCAAGUAGAAGUAUCCCAUGACGAGGGUAAGACUGAAAAGGCGGUGCAUCAAUUGGAAGAUGAGAUUGAUAAGGCCUAUGGAGUAGUCGAAAAGAAGUUUGCAGAUUUGUGGACUUCAGCCGCUAAGAACGCCGGUGAUUUGCAAGAAAAGUACAAGUUGGAAGAACGCAGAAACGAUAUAUUGAAACAAUUGAAUGCAGCCAAGGAUAACAUUGAUGAUAGGGCCAAAGUUUCUGAGCAUUUGGCUCAAGUCGAAUCACAAUUCAAGUCUUUGGGAGAGCAUGUUAAGGAUGUUAACCUACCAGAAUUCCAUAUUCCAGAUAUUGAUUUGAAAGGAUUGUCUAACCAGGCAAAUGUUUAUCUCGACACUUUAGACAAUACCCUUGAGCAAGUUGAAAAACAAGCGGGCCAGUACGUCAAGAGAUUUGGAUCAUUCUUGACGGGAUUUGUGUCUGUCAGUAAUGACGAUGCUAACACCGAGCUGACUUUCCAAGGGGAAAAGGAGACUUUGUUUGCCAGUCCUUUGAGUUCCAAUUCAGCCUACGGAGCUUCAAGGUACGACAGUGAUCUCUUUAAAUUGCAUACUACUCCAGAGUCAUUCUUAAAUGCCAAAGAUGAUGACAGAUUGAAGACAUUUAAAGUGGACGACAAAACCAAGGAGAUCUCAGAACUCUUGGAAAAGUACGAUUCAACUUUACAGGUGUUGAUGAAUAAGUUGGUUCCAGUACAAAUUCCCUACAAUACAUUCUGGUACAGAUACUUCAUAUUACAAGACGAAUUGAAGGAACAAGACGAGGCUAGAAAGAAGUUGCUUCAAGCCAAAGGGAAGAGCCAAGAAGAGGGAGCAGACGAUGAUGAAGAAGAUUUUACAUGGGAUGAUGAUGACGAAGAAGAAGAAGCUGUAGAUGUUGCGUCUGAAUUGAAGAAGAGUAAGGAAAAAGCCAAGAAAACUGCCAAAGUCAGCGAAAAUGAUGGAGAUGAUGACUGGGAGUAAAUCAAGAAACAUCCUCGUUGAGUGUUUUUGAUUUCCCCUGUUUGCUUAAUGUUUAUAGUGCCAAUACACUUUUUUUAAU